AUGAUAGGGCAGUCUGUACAAGGUAUCUAUGAUUCAGUUAAUUCUUCCAUAUCCGAAAACCGUUCCCAGUACUUUGCUGUCGUGGCUAUUGCAGGGAAACAGUUCAAAGUAACUAAUAACGAUUUAAUUAUGAUCAAAACACCGUUCUAUGGAACUGACGUUGGUGAUCGUGUUCAAUUACAGAAGGUCCUACUUUUAGGAUCAUCAGACUUUACUAUUAUCGGUCGACCAAUUUUACCAGUGCAUCAGGUGUAUAUUGAGGCUGUAGUGGUUGAAAAAACUCUUGAACACCCUAAAGUUUGGUACCAGUUCCAUCGUCGUCGUAGACACCACAAACUGCGAGUAUUCCAGGGGAAUGUUACUGUCCUUCAGGUUAUUGAUGUUCGUCCCAAUACAUUAGCAACUUAUUAA